AGAAAAUCAACUUUAUCUAAAUUCUGAGAUGUGGAGCUGUCUCAACAACAUUCUCGCGAGAUUUGGCACGGCGCCCCAUGAGUCCAAUCAUAUUUGCUCUUACUGGAAAACACGCAUGCGCAUUUAGUGGGCGGAUGUGACUUGAUUUCGUUUGGAAGAAACAAUUCAGCAUCGAAGGAAUAACGACUGAAAUGUCCAAAUGACAAAACGAAAACCUGGAAAACGAUGGAGAAGAACUGGUAAAGAAGUCGACUCAAAUAAACGAUGAAGAAGGACUGUACAAUUGUCAUUCCGUCUGCAGCCACCAUGUGAAUGUGGAGACUGAUGAGCAAUGUCUAAGAGGUAGCAGCAGGGGAACACUGCAGGAGGCGGUGCCUCCUGAAGGAGCCCAAAACACUGCUCUUCAAAUGGAACACAUCCAACCUCCAGGUGUCCAUGCAGGAUGUACCACUCUGGAACAUCAAGCCUCUCCCUACCUGCCAGCACAUGAAAAUAUUUCUACUUUUGACUCUAUCAAAGAGAAUGGAAAACCAUUUUCCAGAUCAGCCCUCAUAGAUCCUCCUGAUGGCCUAACAACUGAACUACAUGUCGAUGCUGAGUAUGAUCCAUCUCAAUCAUUUGAGGAAUCUCUCCCUGAUAUGGGGGAUUGGAUGUACAAUGACAGACAUACGUUUAAUGAAGGAUUUGAAGAUAGUUUGAGUGAGGAGUGUGCAGAAGAGUCAAAUAUCAAGGACACAACAGACAAACCAAUAUAUGACAAUGUAUCAGUAACCAUGGCAGAGUGCCUUCUGAUCAUCAUGUGUUAUGUAAACUGUCAUAAAGUCACUGAUAAGGCCCUAAGCGAUUUGCUGAAAAUGUUCAAGUUGCUUUGUCCCGAUAGUCUGAAUGCAGACUGCUUAAACAGUGUACAGAAGUUCAAAAACUUUUUUUUAUCCCGCUCUGCAUCAUCGCCUAUUUUAUUACAUAAAUACUGCAGUAAUUGUUUUGGGCCAUUAGAAAGUAAACAAAUAAAAUGCCUGUCUUGUGGGACCAGUGUGUCAGAAGAAAGAUCCUCAUCCUUUAUAGAGGUUCCAAUUAAGGCUCAAAUAAGGUCUUUGUUCCUCAAGCCAGGUUUUCAGGAGAAGCUUAACUUUAGAUUAAGCAGAAAGAAGGCAGAUGCUAACAACAUUGAAGAUAUAUAUGAUGCAGAAGUUUACAAACAGCUUGUCGAUAGGGGUGGUCCUCUUAGUGACCCUAAAAACAUCUCACUUACUUGGAACACAGAUGAAGACAAAAAUGGAUAUUUGUUAAGGCUCAUACAUGGUACUCAAAAUAUACCUAUGCAGAUGGUAAAUGUAGUCAAACUUGUGCAGUCUAUUCCUGUUAUUUCACAAACUAUUAAACCAGGGAAUGUCAUAGCUGAAUUUUACAGACAUAUGACUAAAGAUGAUAGUUUCUGUCAGGAAAACAAAUAUUUGUCUAGGAUUAAACUAUAUGGAGCAUCUAGUGAACUUCUAUUGGACACAGUUCACCUCUCUGCAUUGCAAAUACAUGCUGGUCACUGCAUCAAUUCUGGAACCGUAAGCAUCUUUCACAGGGCACAAGUUAAGAAAUAUUUAGGCCUACUACGCUACUGUAUUUUAAUAUUAGUCCUUAUCAUGGUGGUUGGAGAGCCAAAUGUUUUCUGA